AUGUCAGCGCAUGCACUGUUGGAAUCACCAACACGAUCAUCCUCUUCAGCCACAUCUCCGAAAUCGACAACUAGAAACAUAAGCAUAUCUGACUCCAACGCAUCAAACCCAAAACAAUUGAUAAAUGCAUAUAUAUACGAUUUUCUUGUCAAACAGAAACUAUCCCAGACAGCAAAGAGCUUUAUCAAUGAAGCAGAGGUAUCCACAUUGAACGAACAACAACAACAGCAAAUUCCAAAAGAAAAAAACACACUCUCUCCAUCGCAAUUAAAGUUUUUCAAGGAUCAUGGAUUGCCGCACUUGUCAUUAGCAAUGGACUGUCCCCAAAGCUUUCUCUAUGAAUGGUGGCAUAUGUUUUGGCAAAUGUUCCAAGCUAAAAAUAACGCAGCAGCAUCAAGAGCAGGAAUCAACAAUAGCAAUGCUAAUGGGUUUAAAGCAGGCGAAGAAAAUAAUUUUAACAACCAAGCACUUGCAUCUAGAUACUUUCAACUACAAUUUAUGAAACAAAGACAACAUUUUCAGCAGCAGCAACAACAACAACAACAACAACAGUAUAUUCAAAACCGUCAAGUUUCAGGUCAGCCUUUUGCUCAACCACCAGCCCAAAAGCCUUUACAAAGACCAAUGCAACCAUCACAACAACAACUUCAUAACCAGCAGCGUAUAAAUCCUCAGCAAGUACAACAAGGUCCUCAACCUCCUGCUCCUCCUCCUCCUCCUCCUCAACAACAACAACAACAACCUCAACCUCAACCUCAACCUCAACCUCAAACCCAGUUGAAUACUCUGUCACAGGCACAAAUGCAACAAGCCCAGUUGCAGGCCCAACUACAAGCACAGGCCCAAGCUCAAGCUCGAGCCAGAGCGCAGAUGCAGUUUCAGCAACCACAAACACAACAUCAAUCUCAACCGCAACCACAGAACCCACAACAACAACAACAGCAACAGCUCUCCAACCACGCAUUGCACCCAAGACAACAAUCGAUCCCCAACCAAAUGUCACCACCACCACAACAUAUGCAGCAGCCACAACAGCCACUUGGCGUAAAUAAUAGUUUCCCGCUUACUCCCGCAAUGCCCCAAAGUGGCCAGCAAAUUAUGAUGAGUCAACAACAACAACAGCAACAGCGUCAACCACAUUUCGGUGUCAACCCUCCCAGUUCCAAUCUUCCAAUGGAGUCACAACAACAACAGCAAAUGAUGAUGAUGAUGAUGAUGCGACAACAGCAGCAACAAGCAGCAGCAGCAGCAGCAGCCGCAAAUGCUGGUGCACCUGGUGCACCUGGUGCUGUGGGAGGACAAAGGCCUAAUAGUAUGAACAUCGACCCUCAGCAGCAGCAGCAGCAGCAGCGGCAUGCAAUGAUGAGUUCCGCAGCUGCAAAUUCUAAUAUCCCAUUAGAACAACAAAUGUUUCUUCAACAACAGCAGCAGUUGCAAGCACAACAGCAUCAUCAGCAAAACCCACAGCAGGUUUCCAAGGCUACUCUACAGGAACAGGCUCAAAAUCAAAUGAAUAACUUGCGCCAUCAAGCUACAGCACACCAACAACUAUUUCCAAGUCAAAAUAUGUCCAGUCCUGGUCCUGGUCCUGGUUCUGGAAAUGCCAAUGCCAAUGUCAAUGGAAAACAAGUACCCGGUCAAAAAGUUGCUCCUCCAAAUCGAAUGAACUCUCAAGCUGGCCUAAAGAGAGGGAACACUAACGUAAAUUCAAACUCCAAUCUGAACGGAAACGGAAAUGGGAAUGGAAACGAAAACAAAAUCACACCGGUUGCUAAUGCGCGUUCUUCUAUAGCCAAUGGAGAAAAUAGCAAUGGAUCAGUAAAUAUGAACCCAUCUGCUAAUGGAGGACGUAAUAUGAAUGCAUUGCAAGACUAUCAAAAUCAACUCAUGCUUCUCGAAAAGCAAAAUAAAAAAAGGUUGGAAAUUGCAAGAAGUUCGGGUGGCUCAGAAACUAGUCUACUUUCUGCUGGAAUGGCCAAUUCACAAUUAUCUUCAGAUCAACCACCACCACCACCACAACAACAACAACAACAACAACAAUCACAACAGCAACAACAAUCACAACAGCAACAACAAUCACAACAGCAACAACAAUCACAGCCACAACCACAACAGCAGCAGCAGCAGUCGCGUUCUCAACAGCCUACUCCUUUCAUGUUCCACGCGCCAGCACCAGCAACGAAUCAGUAUAGCCAAAAACCAUCACCCACGACUUCUCUUAAUUCACCUAUGAAUAACACUAAAAGCCCUGCAAUUGGCAACAAGAAAGCUAGUAAGGGGACUACAGGAAGAAAAAAUCGUAAGCAGAGCAUAGCUCAGGAAAACUCUCACUUACAAGGUACUGCCCCUAAUUCCCAACCGUCGAAUGAACCAUUAUCUCAAAAGCAAGCACAAUCUCAACACCAGCAGCUGAUGAAGCGACCAAACAGUACUCCCAACAUUGGCAAGAAGGAUUUUGCGCCGCUAACACCAUCAAGCGAGCCUGCAUCAACCCUUGACCCCAAAAAGAAGAGGAAAAUGAACCCGGUGUCCGAGUCACCAAGGAAGCAAAACGCGCCAACUCCAUCUUCUGCUUCGUCAACGGGUAGUUUGCCUGCAAAGCAAAACCCCAUGCAUGAAAAGAAGCAGCUGAAGCAACAAUCUCAACAAUUUCAACAUUCAAAUAGUCAACAUCAACAUCAGCCACCCAUGAUUAAAGAAGAGUCUAAAGAGUCCAAUCUCCAUGAGGAUGGAUUCAACAACAACUCCAUGAACCCACCUGCCGCGCCAACACAGUCGACAUUCAAUAAUAAUGAGCUUCCGCAAGGUAAUUCUGCAGCAGAUGAUUUGUUUAGUGUUGAUAUUUUACCAUCAGACAGAAACAAUAACCACCAUAACCACCAAGAUCGUCAGAACAACGAAAACAAUCAGCACCUGCAACACAACUCAAGCAAUGACAGUCUUUCCAAUGCAGCAGGUGAAUUUUUAGGAGGCGAUGCCACAGCAUCAGGAGGGGAUGGAAUAGCGGGGGCAGCAAAUUUAUCAGUUGACUCAACGAGCUUUGCCGCCAUUCCAGGAUUCAACAUGAAGAUGGGCAACAUGAACACAAAUAUGUCUAAUACGUUUGGAGGAAUGAACUUAGGCGCAAGUGGUAAUGGCUUUGAAGAUUUGGAUUUCGAUCUCAACCAAUUUUGGGGUGCCCCACAAGAACACGAUAAUGAGAAUAAUGACACGAUGAAUGGGUUAAGUGGGUUCAAUUGGAAUGGGGAUUCAGCCAUCAAAAAUGGAGAGUAA